AUUAAGGUGCUCGACAUACGGGGCAUGUGCAAUGAUGGGAUCGACAUGCUGCAGCCACAGUUGCAGCCAAUUUGUGAGUGGAUCAAUAGGGCAUGCCAGGAUGGAGGGAAGGUGCUGGUGCAUUGUCGUACAGGCUGCGGUGUGACUGUCACGGUAUGUCAUUUGUUCAUUUGCGCCAUAUAG